AACUUGGAGGCUGGAAUUUUUGUGGGAGGAGGAACUGGACCGGGUGCUGAUUGGCUGCCCCGAGCACUCCCUGCCCCAACUCCUUUCUCCGGCUAUAAGUUUGGGAGCUGGCCUCAGGGAAGCAAGGCUCCCUGGAUCUCGACCCCCUCUGGACCUCCGGGAUGCGGCGACUGCAACUCCCUGUGAUUCUGCUCCUGGGGCUCUGCCUGCAGCUCAUGGCUCAGAGCCCCUUCCAACCAAGCAAGCCAUUCACCGUAGCGCUGAUCCUGCCGGAGGAAGAGGAAACUGUGAGAGCCGGGGAGGAUUUUGUCGUAACAACGAGAGUGACCUCUAGUUUUACGGAGUGCAUGGUGAUCCGAACCAGCGUGCUGACCAAUCCGGACCUGACCUUCCCCUACGGAAACUUCAGCUACACGGCCUGUCUGUGCCCCGGCGACCAGCGCAACUUCUUCUGGGACAUCAUCGCCAACCGCACAACCACGAUAACCGCCAUGGCCGAGGCCAUAGAGGAGGAAGGCAUUUGCACCGAAGACCUGGCCAUCAGACCCCCGAGCGACAGAGUUGAUUCUCAGACCAAGACCCUGAAUGUCAAGGCCUGAGAUGAGUCCCAACCCCUGCCUGGAACCCCGGUGACUAGGCCGAGGCCAGGCUGCAUAUAAACAUCCUGCUAACUGC